AUGAGUGAGGAGAGCCAAGCGCUAACUGCCUUUAUAACCCCUUGGGGCUUAUAUGAAUGGGUUAGAAUUCCAUUCGGUCUUUGUAAUGCCCCAGCGGCAUUCCAAAGAUUCAUGGAAAACUGUUUGAAUGACUUGCGCGACACAAUAUGUAUCCCGUAUCUUGAUGACGUCAUCGUAUUUAGUGCCACGUUCGAGGAUCAUGUGGAACAUCUUCGGAAGGUAUUGCAGCGUUUAAGGGAACAUGGGGUAAAGCUAAAACCCCAAAAGUGUAAGUUGUUCGAGAGAGAAGUAGUGUUUUUGGGACGUAUUGUUUCAGAAAGAGGUUAUCGAAUGGACUCUGCAGGCGUAGAGGUUAUCCACCAUUUGAAGUCGUCCCCUCCAAAAAACGUUGGUGAUGUUAGGCGUUUAAUGGAUCUGCUAAAUUGCUAUCGGAGAUACAUUCCAAAUUUCUCUAGAAAAGCGAAACCAAUAUACGAUCUAAUUAAGAGUGACGGUGUAGAGACAGGAAAUAACAAACGUAAUAUAAAAUCGAAAGGACAGUUACCUUCUAGUACUAUUGUGCAAUGGACUAACGAUCAUCAACUCAUCCUUGAAGACCUGUUAGAUCAUUUGGUUGACCCACCUGUGAUGGUUUACCCAGAUUUUACCAAACCGUUUAUUGUGUGCACUGACGCGUCUGAAGAGGGACUGGGAGCCGUCCUGUACCAAAGUCAAAACGGUGAAACAAGAGUUAUUGCGUAUGCUUCUCGAAGCUUGACACCCGCCGAAAGAAAUUACCAUCACCAUUCGGGCAAGUUGGAAUUUCUUGCACUAAAGUGGGCGGUCUGUGACCAUUUUCGGGACUAUUUGUAUUAUGCCUCGGAAUUUACAGUGUAUACUGACAACAACCCACUCACAUACAUCUUGUCUUCCGCAAAACUUAAUGCAACGGGUUUACGUUGGGUCGGAGAACUGGCAGAUUUCAAUUUUACUAUCAAGUAUCGCCCCGGUAAAGUGAACACUGAUGCAGACGCGCUGUCAAGGUUGUUGCCAAAUGUCGAUAGUUACAUGGAGAUGUGCACCGAGGAAAUUGCAAUGGAUACUCUUCAAGCCGUAGAGUCAUCAAUUUUGGAACAGCAAGCGAGUAACAUCAGCUGGAUCACAGCUUUUACUGCAAAUUAG